AUGCAGUUCAUCGAGGUCUUCGCCGUCGCUGCGGCCAUGCUCAUGGCUACCGUCAACGCAUCCCCGCUUGGUUUCCCCUCCAUCUCUGUCGCCGUUCAGGCCACUGAGUCCGGUCCUGCAUCCAUUUCUACCAACUCCGACAAACCCGUCAUGGCAGUCAUCGCCGGCCUCAAGAAAGACCCCACCGGCCAAGGCAUCACCCACAUCGGCGACGACGGCAUCAUCCGCACCUACGACGGCCAGGGUAACGUCCUCGACUACGCCCCUCUCUCCACCGCCCAGCUCAACGCCCACCUCUGUAACCUCCCCACCCUGCUUCAGCCCCACGAGGCUCAUCUCCGCGACACCUAUCGCAACGUCUCCGGCCAUGACGUGACCGAUAUGUCGCAGAUCCUCACCCCACCGGACCAUCUUCGUCCCCUCGGCGGCCCUGGCUCCGUCGGCUGGGUUCCUAAGACUGCGGAUGAGCAUGAGCACGACAAGCGCAUCCAAGGUCCUAUCCCUGUCAUUUCGCCUCUGACGCCGUGCUUCAAUCGUCGCUGCAACGGUGAUUCUUUCUGUCACUCCUGGCGUUGUGGAGACUGCGUCGCUAUUGAUAGGAUUAUUGUCGAGGAGACAUGGGGGAUCUGCGCCUCUCCGACUUAUACGUAG